AUGGCAACACCACAAUUGAGUAAAUCACCAACACCACUAUUGCCUAAGACAAAGGGCAUAGUGUCAAUUCUUGGAUCAGAUACUCAAAGAGGCAAAUCAAAUGCAACCUCUAUUAGAAGAACAUUUUCAGCUGAUAUGUCAUCCAAACAAUGGCUUACACAAAAUGGUUUCUUCUCUUCAAUCAAAAAGAUUGCUUCAUCUAAAGAUCUUGCUCUUUCAACCUCCUCUGAGGAAGAAGAAGAAGAAGAGGAGGAGUUCAAAAGACGAAAAACAUCAUUUGAUGUUUGGAGUUCAAUUUUGUCACAAAAGAAAAAUGAUGAUCUUCAAAUUCCAUAUAUUCACCCUCAUGUUAAAAGAUCAACGAGUUCUUUGAGUGAAAAAAGUCUUGAAAUUUGUACUGAAAAUCUUGGAUCAGAGAAUGGUUCUGAUGGUUUUUCCUCCUACACUCCUUCUGAGAAUGGAGAUGUAGAUGAGGAAAAACACGAUCAUUACCACCAUCACCACCACCACCACCAAUACUGCUCGCGAUUCAUUGAGGAAUUGAGAGUAGUAAAGUAUAAUAAUAGUAAGAGAUCAUCAUCAUCUUAUCCUCCACCAAUUACUUCCUUGGCUAGAGGUGACAACAAGCCUUCUAUUCAAAUGCAAUCUCGACGUCAAGAUGGUAGAUUGAUUCUUGAAGCUGUUUCUAUUCCUCCUCAAAAUCAUUUCCAUGCCCAUCGCCUUGAUGGUCGUCUUCUUCUCACCUUAGUUGAUAAUAGUACUUCUACUUCAUCAUUAGAACAAGAGAUGGAGGAUUAUGGUGAAGAAUUUGAUCAUAUUUUCGACGAUAUUGAUGAUCAUACACCUCAAUUGAUUAAGGAGCAAAAGCCAAAAUUGUCAAGUGGGGUGAUAAAUAUGAAGACAUCAGCCCUGAUGAUGAAUUUGUUAGAUUCUCAGGUCGAAAUAAGGGAAAAGUCAAUUCAAUUCCCAAUGGAAACAAAAUUUACCAAAUUCUCCUCUGAACUGAAAGAUCAUUUGGGGCUAGGAAACAAGAAUCUUGUAACAUGGUCCCACAAGUUCAAUAAAGUUGUCAACUUGACAGAUACUGUUGAUUCAACUGACCUGAUUAAGGAGAUAAGUCAGAUAACCUCAGUUCCUCAAUCACUCCCAACUCAACUAACACCGGCGACCGUGACCUCUUUCAAUGCCUAUGAGUAUUUUUGGAGGAAGAAUCCUACAAUUGCAAAAGAAUGCAACAACUAUACCACUAUGCAAGUUGUUGUUACAUCCAAUAGUAUUACUCCCAAUGCCAAGAGUACAACAAAAGUAGCAGCAUAUAUGAAUUAUUUGGUACCUUUGCAAAGAGGAUGCAAAGAGCCAAAGAUGUCUUUACUAAUUUGGGAGCCUUAUUGCAUUGUCACCUCAUGA